CGAGAGCGUCACUGUGAAUCUAAACGCCUGCAUCGUAAGAAUAGUGUCCGCUCUGAUAGUGUUCCCACGCGAAGCGACGAACCGGUCUAUGAAAUGAAAUUGCUCGAGAGUUGUUCCGUUUUCGGAUGUUAUUCUAAAACGAAGAAGAUAGAAGGGCAGUGGGACAUAUAGUUCCAGAACGACUUGGAAUCACUUCCUGAAAAUUGAUUAAAUAUAGGAUUUAUCACGCGUAUGAGUGUGUCUGUGUAAGCGGUUUUUUCCUAAUCAGAGUAGGAAACGUACGCAACAGUGUUCCCAGAAGGACUUGAGUGUUCCAAUUCGGUUUCCACUCGAAAUGAUACGCGUUUAAAAGUGUAACUUUCCAAGUGAAUAAUGACGUAUCUUAAAGAGAUUGAAUCACCGCUUAGCCAGGGGAAACUCUGAGAGGAAUGACAGGGUCCGACACUAUCAACGAAAACUCGGUGAGAACCUGGUAAUCCGAUGAAACACUCGCUCAAUCCCGGGUGCGAUAAGUCACGGAUUAGCAUACUAUCAUUCCCGCUAAAUCAAAGUUGCAAACCCGUCAUUGUUCUGGCAAUUAGCUAGCGAUGAUAUAUUUCCAUGAUAAAUCGCGGGAAAUCAAACCGUUAUGAGCACAUGAAUGAUCAAUGCGAAUUUUUUCUCGCACUUAAAAUAGAAUUGUUAUUAUCGGAUAAACUGGCAUGAAUCAAGGACCGUGGCUAAUAAAAUUGCCCACAUUUAGUUACAAUGUUGCGUAUCACAGAAGCAGGAACAACCUCCAUAGAUAGGACAUAAAUUUUCUGUUCAGCUAUAAACUAUUCCAACGUGAAUCAAUCAGAGCCGGGUAGCAAUACCAGUAAUUACUAGUUAAUUGAGGCACAUCUCUCACCGUGAACGGAAAUCUAUACCCGGCUUGACUAACUGCAGACUCGAGGUGAACGAUAUGUGUGCGAAACAUGAGCUUACAGGGAGAAGCGUCAUUUAGAACAGCUCUGCUGUCAAGAACUUAUCUCGGGUUAUCGGUAACUAUCAGUUAGCCCUUGCUCCCAGUGGCGUGUGGAUCUUUAAACUUACGGUGAAGAAAUGUCAGUUUUAUUGCUUGGUGCCCUACUGCUAUGGUGUUGUUCAGCAACUGUUGAAGCUGGCAGAAAUCGAUCGACUCCCUUCCUGGUAGACGAAGAGGACGCUCUGCUGACAGUGUUUUCGUCCACAAUAGCCUCAGCUAAUCCGCAAGUACGGGUAUGAAGUGGAGGAACACCAGGUCCGUACGGAGGAUGGCUAUCUGCUUACGAUGUACAGGAUACCUGCGCGUCAUCGGGGAAUACGACGAUAUCCGGUUUUCAUGAUGCACUCACUGUUCAGCACUAGCGCCGACUGGGUGCUGAUCGGUCGGAAACACGGUCUGGCAUAUCUGCUGGCAGAUCGUGGCUACGAUAUCUGGAUGGGGAACGUUCGAGGUAAUCGCUAUUCGAGGAAACAUGAACGACAUUCCAUCACUUCGAAGAAGUUCUGGGACUUUAGCUUCCACGAAAUGGGGGCUUACGAUGUGCCGGCUUUCAUCGAUUACGUCCUAGAGCAGACGGGUUCCCGUCGGUUGCACUACGUUGGAUAUUCGCAGGGUACGCUGGUCAUUUUCAUAGCGUUGAGCGAACGACCCGAGUUGAACGAAAAAAUCGUCCAGGUACAAGCUCUUUCGCCAGCUGUCUACUUGCAGCGGGCUGCAAGUUUAACCAUCAAUCUGCUGGUCGCAACCAACGAGCAAAUUGCGGCUCAACUUACCGCUAACCGGAUCUACGAGUUCCUUCCGCACUUCGAGAAGCAGUACUACUUUUUUCGAAGUGUGUGCCCUUCGCCGACGCAAACUUUGUGCCGUUUAGUGAUCGCCGAGGUGGCCGGUGGGAACACGAAGAAUAUGGGCGUGAAGCUCCUGAGGAUAUUUACGGGUCACUUUCCGGCGGGAGCUUCCGUCAAGCAGGUGCAGCAUUACGCUCAAUCAUUCCGGGAUGGUACUUUCCAGCAGUAUGACUACGGUGAUCCGGAGAAGAACUUGCUGCGGUACGGUAGCGUACAGGUUCCCAAGUACAACCUGUCUCGAGCAACGGUUCCGGUGAGGUCCUACUACGCCUACGAGGAUCGUGUGGUCAACUACUUGAAUGUGCUACAGGUGCAGCGAGAGCUACCGAAUCUGGUGAGCAGCUAUGCGGUGCCGGAUAAGCGGUUCGGUCAUGCCGAUUUCGGUUACGGCAAAAAUGUGAAGGAAGUGCUGUACGAUGAAGUGGUGAUGAACGUGGAACAGGCGGAUGAACUCUGAAGUAUUGUGUGAAGUUGUUUACCGUUGUUAAGCUAGUGCUUUUAGAAUUGUUUGGUGCAGUUGUAGAGGUUUUAAGAGUGGACCAAAGCGUUAACAGUUUUAGGAAGAAUCCAGACGAAUCGUUACUCACCGAACACAGUUGACAGUAAAUAAAAGCGAAGUCUCUGCUCUGCGAGUCACGAAUCGUUUAGAAUAAUUCUUAUCAGAAUAUAUAUUAUCGUUUCAGGUGGAUGUCGAGCGUUGGCUUUCCGGCUCUUCUUAAAGUCGAGAGUUGAUUAUGUCAUGGAUUUUACCUUUUUGCUCAAUUAGUAUCUUGUUAAAUACUCAAAUAGUAAUAAUAGACACAAUUUGCACGGUAGAAAAAAUAAAUAAAUAA